AUGGCCCCAUCUAUCCUGUCCCCCGUCCCUAGCAGCUUUGCUUCCCCCCUCUCCCCCAAGAUGCCCAGACGUAUCUCGGGAUUCGCAGAGAGUGACACAAUGUCCAACAAUGGCAUGUCUCGCUCAAUUACUUCCAGAAGGGUGUCCUCCCGCAGGCUCGACCCUCAGGAGACGGAAUUCUCCAGGAAACUGUCUAUCCUUCAGCGCCAAACCGGUGAUGAGCUGGGCUUGACCAUCUCGGGUGACUCCUAUGAGAUGGUCCUGUCCUGGAUCCAGGACGAGCGUAUGACCCUUGUGCCCCCCGAUGGAAGCGACUAUGACAAGGUCCUCGGCUGGGCACAGCUCUUCGUUACUAGACUCCGGUCUUUUGAAGAGGCUAUUGAGGGCUUCACCAACGUCAGCGGCCUUGCCUUCCAGAUGGCUUACGGAUACUGCCUUCUCCUUCUCAAGCUUGGUGACGAGAAUGCCUCCGCUUUGAUGACAUCCUUUGGCUUUUUCUACAGCAACUCCACAGCCCUUGGAAACCUUCUUGAACGGACUGGGCUUUUUAGUCUGGUCCAGGCGCUGGAGGACUUGGUGCACCUGGUCGCCAGUGUGGCCAUGCACUUCCACAAAGCCGUUCUCCGUCUAGGGGAUGAGUGGGAAUACAUCAACAUCUACGAGGCUUUCCCGGAGCAAAUCCACAAAUUCCGCCGUGCUUGCGAAGAGAUUAGCGAGUCCAUGUGGAAGCACCAGCUUGUGAAGGAACGCGGUGAUGAGACCAAAGGCAAGCUUUCUUCCCUCUUUCUGAUAUCAAAACAUAAACUGACAUUGUCCGAACCUCCAGUCGCCGAUGUUAGAGCUGUCAGAUCCUGGCUCAACCCCGAAGACCGUGUCCUCUCCAACGUUGCCGAAACUGUCUCACACCUUGCCCAUGACCGCGAGGAGAACACCUGCCGUUGGGUCAAGCAAGCUCUAUUUGACUUCGUAACAAGUGAAAACAAGGUCCUGUCCAUCGUGGGCAAGCCAGGCUCUGGUAAAACCGUUCUGGCAUCUGUUCUUGUUGACAAUCUGCAACACGCGAUCCGCGGAGUCCCCUACAAGACUCUGUUUGUCCCCAUCAAUGCUCGUCUUCCUGCCGGGACUAGGCCCCGGGCUAUCGUCAAGGCCAUUCUAUCGCAGCUAUUCGAGAAGCGCAUCGGAAACGUCGAGCUGCUCCAAAUUCUGACCGAUGCCUUCCAACGCAGCAAAAAGGCUACGAAUGAUAAUGAUUACGAUAACAUCCUCUGGAAUGCUUUGGAGAAUGCGUUGGGCGCUGCACUUCAAGGUGCUAAGGAUCUUGUCAUUGUUGUUGAUGGCAUCGACGAGGCUUCCUGCGGUGAAUCUGCACUGCUGCAGAAGCUGAGCGCUGCCACAAUGAAGGGCACAAACGUGAAGUUGAUCACCCUGGGAGCCGAGACGCCAGCCAAGGCACCAGGCCAUCACACCGUGCCGGUCACUGAUGAGCGAAUUUUCGAAGACAUUGCUACCGUUGUGCGGAGCCAGUUCCUUAAGGCCAAGGACAGCGUUGUUUUCCCUGAGCUUGAUGACAUUGAGCAGGAGUCAAUUGUGGAUCGCAUCACCGAAGCCUCAAAGGGCUCAUUCCUGUGGGCCAAGCUUGCCUCGAAGCGCGUUCGCGGCGCGGAUAAUGCCGAUAACUUGAACAAGGCGGUGGAUGAUGUCGUGAACGCUAAGAUGACCAUCACCAACCUCGUCCUCGAAACAGUGCAGCAUAAGGGCGUAACCGACGAGGCUCGCCUGAUGUUGCUGUGGCUCGCAACAGCUGACCGCCCUCUUCUGUUUAAGGAACUGCAGACUCUGGCCUCUAUCCAGAUCGACAAAUUGGCAAUUGCCGAGGGCUACCAGAUCGAACCACGCAAGGUCCUUAGGCCUGUCAGUUCUUUGGUAUUUUUCCAGGACGGGCAGGUCUAUCUUCGUCAUGGUCUCAUUCGCGAAGCGGUCUUGGACGUCUUCUCCAAAGGAAAGUUGAUCCCCAACGUCAAGGACCGUCACGCCGACUUUGUGACUAGGUUGUUGAUCUAUAUUAAGUCGUAUGUGACUGAGCCGCAGGGCAAGGAGCCGUCUCUCUCCCCUCUUAUCGGCCACGAAACGGAUUCGCUGGUCAGCAGGUACCCUCUCCUUGAAUUUGCGGUUCAAUACUGGGUGUCUCAUCUGAGACAAACGACCGUCUUUGUAAACCAGGGUGAGACUGGUGCCGCGAAGGAGUUUGCCAAGGUGUUGCCGACUUCGAUCACCGUGCUCCUGCUUCAGAGGGCUCUCUGGGCGAACAGGCCCACUCCUGAGCUGUUGACCUACCAGACCACGGUGACUACUAUUUGCCGCCAAAUUUUGAACCCGAAGGAUAGGGUUACUCUUCAGUCCAUCAUCAACCUCGCGCUAUUUUUCCGCGACGUUGAAUAUAUUCCGGAGGCGACACCCCUGUUGUUCGAGGCUACCCGCCUGAGCAGCGAACUGCUGGUCAACAGCCCGUCUUUCACGGCACAGUUAAUCAACAUUUUCCUAGAGCUGACCGUGAGCCGUGUUACGGAGAGCAAGACGGAGAUUAUGACCAUGCGCGAAGAGACUCUCAAUCUCCUUGUCACUUGCUACACAAAGCUGUACGGCGAAUCCCACAAGAUGGUCAUCUCCACCCGGGAGCAGUUGGUCAAGCACUAUCAAACAAUCAAGGAUUUCCAUAAGGCUGAGGAAAUCAGCAAGCACAUCAAGAUCCUCACUGUCGGAGAGCAGGGCAUUGAGUCACGUGAAUACCAUGGUGACUGGGGAGUGCGCGUCAGGGGACAUCGCGGCAAGGUUGUGCAGACCAGAAUCAACGACUUCUUGGAGAUUGAAGAACAUGACCUUCUGAUUGAACGGUCCGAGUCCUUCGAUUUUGAAGCCAUGAUCAAGGAGGCCGAGCAGUAUACUGCGCAGGGCAAGUUUGACCUCGCGGAGCGCAUCUACGUCGAAAUCUGGCAGCGCGUGAACAAGGAAUGCCGCACCAACAUGACUGCCUUGUGGGAAGAGAGGAAGCUGGCGUCUGUCCUUGCUUACUCCCACUUCUUGAAGUCUCAGAAGAAAGAAUACCAAGCCGCUUCAAUUCUGUCCAGUGCUUGGCAGGAGCAUGAGCAGACUAGUCUUACCAUCUCUGAUACCUCAGUCUCUUACUUCCAGGAAAUCGCAAAGAUGAUGAAGGUGGUCGGCAUUUCCACCUUGGCUCUGACCGUCUUCAAGCACUGCUCUGAAUACUACAAGAGCACAAACCGCACCCAGACGUCGAGCUUCAAAGAGGUACAGCAAAGCAUCGAGUCCACAUCGAAGGAGGUCAUGCAGUCCUUCAGUUCUGAAACGGUCAUGUCCGAGACCACGGUUGAGGAAAUGGUUUACGAGGCAUCGAGCUCCAUUACCACCAUGUCUCAGAUGUCGUUCACUGCGACGACAGAGCUCUAUGCCCAAUAUGUUGAACAGCACCGCUGGCAAGCCGCCACUCGGCUGAUCAAGAAGGUCCUCCACGGUGUUUGGCCUGCACUCUUCGCCCCGAACUUGCAAGAUGUCACCCUUCCGUCCAAGCAUGUAGAGAGCUGCAUAGACCUUGCGGAGCGUCUCAGCAAGUGCUACUACUCCCGUCGUCGUUUGAGCAAGGAGGAAGAUAUCCGCGUCCGUAUCUACCGCGCGUUGCGGGGUGGUCGCAAGGUCGACGACAAGCUCAGGCAACACAACACGGAUGAGCUGCUUCGUUUGCUGAAGCGCAACUCUCAGACCGACAAGAUCAUCAACCUUCACCAGGAGUUGCUGAACGACUACGUCGGCCACUAUGGCCCGGGCGAUGCAAUUGUGAUCAAGACCUUGUGGACUUUGGCCGAGCUGACGCACCCUCGCCCCAUCUUUGUUGAUUACUACCUGCAGAUCGUUCGCACUCUGAACAAGGACUCUCCUACUUGCCACCCCGAGGCAUUCCAGCCACUGGUCAUUGUCGCGACUGAGCUAUGGAAUCAAGGCCGGUACUCCGAUGCUGUGCAGCACUUCAAGAUCCUAUUCACCUCCUUCAUCAGCAACCCCAAGCUCAGCCCCAGGUUCCAGGACCAGACCUUCGUGCAGACAAUCUUUAACCGGUACACUCACUGCUUGCGCAGCGUCCGCACUGAGUUUACUGCCCUGCACCAGGUCACUGUUGAAUACCAGACCAAGGUUAAGGCAGUGUUCGGUGUUACUGCUACCAUCAGUCUGCAAGCCUCUCUGACCCUCGCAAAGCUGUGCCAGGAGUCCAAGUCGUAUGAGGUCCAGGCCAUCAGCAUCUACGAAGAGCUGCUUGCGACAAAGUCUCAAGACAUCGAUCUUGGAGAGAUCUCCAAUACCCUGGACGCUAUCUAUGAAGAGCAGGCAGCGCUGGUGACGGAGAAUGCCGAGUCUGUGACUACGCAGCAGGCCGACCGCGCUCUGAAGGUCUUGAAGAAGCGCACAUCGACCGUGCGGAAAACUCACGGUUGGGCCCACGAGGAAUCCCUCACCCGGAUGAAGCAGAUGAUCUCUUUCCACGCCGAACGCAAGGAAACCGAGACUGUUUUGAGCGAGCUCAAGCAAGCGACCGUGGAAAUUUUGAAGUCUGAGACUUCUACCACCCGGUUGAUUGCCGCUGCCUCCACUAUCGCGUCCAGCUACAUUGCGUCCAACCAGAUCCAGAAGGCGACCGAGCUUACUCAGGAGAUCUACCGUCAGAUUGUCAUGAAGGAUACCUCCAACGUCAAGUCCGUGCAGUUCGACCUUGCUUCGAAGGAGCGUCAGAGCCUCAGUUUCCUGGCACAGCUUGAGUACAGUCUGCGCCGUAGCACAUCGGUUACGAUCACCGAGAUCUUGGCCGCUCUGACGACCGAAUAUGUUUACUUCGAAGAAUUCAGAAGCCUGACUAAGUCCAAGACGAGCUCCAUUCACACUGUCUCUGUGUCCACCGCGCGCCUGUACCACUUCCUACUGUCCAACAACCGUCAGACCGCUGCGGCCCGCGUUUUCGAUGAAUUCGUGGACUACUUCGUCGCUACGGAGGGCAAGCGGGUGAAGCUGACCGAGCCUGCACAGGUACGCAUCUUCGCUGAGACCAUCCUGCGUCACUUCAGCACCCACCGCUCGGAUGAUUUCAUCCGUUCCAUCGGUAUCACUAGCAAUGACUACGUGGACCAGCUGCUGAAGAGCCAGAGAUGGGGCAGCGCUUGCGACCUUGCCCUGGCUUCGUUCCACUACAUCAAGUCCCACCAGGAGGUCUACCGCUCUGUCGGCAUCGUCAAGUUCAUCUUCGCUCUUGGUAUGACUAUUGCGGGUCGUGACCUUGCCGCUCGCCCCGAUGAAGCCUCUCGCAAGAAGAUGCUGGGCGUCUCCUCCGUUAUCAUCAAGGAAGCGCUCACCGUCAUCAAGGGUCUGAAGCUCGACAUGGGCGGCGUCAACUUCGAGCAGCUCAGUAAGUUGAUUGGAUUGCUUGGAGACCUGAAGGACUAUGGCAACCUGGCAUGGCUCCUCACCAUUCUGUGGGACAGCCGUGAGGCGCACCGCAACUGGCCAUCCUACACCCUGUCUCUCGGCCACCGUCUCAUCAUCGCUCGCUUCCAGAUUGGCAAGUACAAGGACGCUAUUCGUCUGGCCGAGGACAUCACUUACAACUGCCGACGCGUGCACGGACCUCGUCACCCCAGCACUUUGGAGAUGUCGACUCUGCUGACGCAGCUGUACACUAAGGUGGCUACCAGCCACCAGAACCACAAGGAGCUGGCCAACCGCUACUACAAGAAGUGCGCCCAGGUGCACGAGAGCAUUCUUCGUGCCUUCAGCGACCCCUACUAUGCCGACUACGAGGAUAACCUUGAGGCCAGUCUGAGCAUUGAUGGCUCUAUGUACGGCGAUGCGCAGGACAGCACCCCUGAUACUGUUCCCGAGGCCCAGCGUGUUCGCCAGCACCUGCAGCUCUUCAAGCUGGCCGUUGAGCGUCUGGGUGACUGGCCCGGUGACUACCAGGAUUACGUGCGUAUGAACCGUGAUGUGUUCGCAGCAUACCUCGAGGACCUGAAUGGAGUUGAGGGAGUCGAGAAGUGGAACCUGAAGGCGUUUGGCUCUGGCAAAGCUUCGAGCAACGAGGAUGUGUUGAACCUGGACCUCCAGUCUUGGGAUAUAAUUGAUACCCAGGCUAGCCCUGUCGUUGAGCCGGAGGAGGAAUUGUAAUGAUCAUGUUUGCAUGGAUUUUUUGAUGAGUGGUUCAUGUUGUGAUUUUCCUGUUUUGGAUUUACUUGGCUUUGGUUGAUUCCCUCUAUUAGUUUGCUUUUUCACUUACUUGCCUGACACCUAAUUGACUGCUUGUGCGAC